UGUGCACUAUAUGAGGCCACGCCGGAUGAGAACCUUUAUCUACCACGAAAUUCUCAUAUCGUACCUCGACCAUGUCCGAAGUCGCGGUUUUGCAACUGCCCACAUUUGGGCCUGCCCACCAUUGAAAGGCGAUGACUAUAUCCUAUAUGCCAAACCUGAAGACCAGAAGACCCCUAAAGAUGAAAGACUCCGGCAGUGGUACAUCGACAUGCUUGUAGAAUGUCAGAAACGAGGUAUUGUUGGCAAAGUCACAAAUAUGUACGAUUUGUACUUCGCCAACAAAGACAAAGAUGCUACUCUAGUCCCGUACAUGGACGGGGAUUACUUCCCUGCCGAGGCCGAGAAUAUUAUUAAGAAUAUUGAGGAGGGAAAAGCCGGAAAGAAAGGCAGUUUGCAUGGGCACAAGAAGAAGAAAGGAGAUAAGAAGAAGAAGAGUAGUCGGGGGGGUACAAGGUCUACUGGCCUGGAUGUUGAUGCCCUAAAAGCAAGUGGUAUUUUGGGAGAAGGAAAGGAUCAAAAGAGCCUAGAAGAAGGAGGUCGGGACUAUGUGAUGCAAAAGCUUGGGGAAACCAUUCAGCCAAUGAAAGAAAGUUUCAUUGUUGCGUUUCUGGCAUGGGAGGGGGCGACGCUAGAGGAUAUGGAAGUUCCCAUAGCCAUCCAAGAGCACCGGGGAAAAAAUGGAAUCAAGAGUAAGCACGGUGCUGAUAAGAUGGGUUUUGAUUCGGAUCGAGAUCAGAAUGGAGCAUCAGCUGCUGAUGAAAUUGUGACAUCUGAGUCAAAGUCACAAUCAAAACAAGAGCAUGACGCCAGUGAAAGCGGACAAACAGAUGUUGACAGAAGUGAUGAUUUGCCAGACCCUCCACCGGAAGGUUCAGGGGUCUCUGAUACCGAUAAAAGCACACGCAUCUUGAAGAAAGAAAAUAGUAACCGAUCGAAAGAAGAUUUUUUGCCAAAAGAAGGCACUCCCCAAUCAGUCGUAUUGACACCGUCAGGAGCUGAUGAGAGUGUCACACGGACUAAGAUCAAAAUGACUUCUGCGGGAUCGCCUGCUGAUGUAGAUUUGGUUGAGAAACCGAAACAGCUCUCUCUGGAAGAAAGAUCUGGAAAGUUUGCUGCCAUGGCACGAAAGCGUGGACUCGAUGAUGGGGAAGAAAAGAAAGGCGAAGACGACAAGAAAGAGGACAUAAAGUCAACUGUAUAUGUAACUGACAGCAAGGGCAGAAGGGUCAAGGGCAACCAUUAUCAAUACGACCAACUGAGGAGGGCAAAGCACUCCUCAAUGAUGGUGUUGUGGCACUUGCACAAUCGGGAUGCUCCCAAGUUUGUACAACAGUGCACAACAUGUUCUCGUGAGAUUUUGCUAGGCUACCGUUACCAUUGCCCAACUUGUGCUGAUUUCGAUCAGUGCGAGGAUUGUGUACGGAAUCCAAACACACCGAGACAUCCUCACCCUCUCAAGCCAAUCCCAGUUGCAUCUGGUCAACAAACAGAACUAACCGAAGCUCAAAGAGAAGAACGCCAAAGAAGUAUUCAAUUGCACAUGACCCUUCUGCUGCAUGCCGCAACAUGUCAGAAUCCAAAAUGUCCAUCUGCCAAUUGCCAAAAGAUGAAGGGUCUCCUGAAACAUGGUGCACAGUGUAAACAAAAAGCGACGGGAGGAUGUAAUGUUUGCAAAAGGAUUUGGGCCCUCCUUCAAAUUCACGCACGCCAGUGCAAACAGUCCUCAUGUCCCGUGCCCAAUUGCAUGGCCAUUCGUGAGCGAGUACGCCAGCUGAAGCAGCAGCAACAAGCUAUGGAUGAUCGUCGUCGUCAACAAAUGAAUAGUGCCUACAGAAUGAGCCAGCGAUAG